CUACGUACCAACAUGCCUGUCAUUGACGUGAUCAUCAACUUUCACAGUGAAACAGCGAGUCUGUGAGCUACGGCGUCCCUCUGGUAAACCCUCUGUUGUCCACCCCUAUUUUCUACCCACUAAUUUCCCACUUUCUCCAUUGAAUGAAUGAGAACACCACACGUCUUGUUAUGGCUUAUUUUAAGUACUUUACCAACUAAGUCAACCUACUAGUACUAUAUGAAUUCGGGCCAGACUUUGUCCAUCCUAUGAAUCCCUAUUGUCUGGACAACAUAAUUCAUUCUGUAUUCGGAACAUGGAUGUGGAUGUCGCAACCUUAUCUCAAGAUAAACAAAAUCAUGUCAUAUCUCGAACGUUGUGCUGAUCGUCUUUGCCUGGCUGGUUUUUGUUAUUGUUCGUCGUCUGAUUUAUAACGACGAAGACAAAGAAGAUGCAGCAGCCAAACUCGAUGGUGCAGGGUCGUGCUGUGCCCGCAGGUGCUAUGAUGCCUCAGCAGCAGAUGGUACCGGGUACUAUGAUGGCAAUGCAGCAGCAAAUGCCACCGGGUACUAUGAUGGCACAGCCUGCAAUGAUGCAGCAGCAGAAUCUGAUACAACAGCAGCAGAACAUCAUCCAGCAACAGCAGAACAUGAUUCAACAGCAGAAUGCUAUACAGCAGCAACAGCAACAGCAUAUGAUGGCAGGUAUGGUAGGGGGACACGCGCAACAAGCGCAGGGGCACAUGCCUCAACAACAGCCUCAACAAGAACAAGUACAACAGGUUCCUAAUCCUAUGCCCAACAACAUGCAUCCACAAGCACAGAGACCAAGGCAAGGCUCCUCAGCAUCUCAGCAAGAUGCGUCGGCCGCUCUUUCGCAGACCUUGUACAGGUCAGGCGAAGACUUGGGUACUACUGUCCCAGGCUUUUUACAACGUAUUUUACUAGAUGAAGUGCGAGUGCACACAAAUAGAUCAGUCGUAACCGUCGCGGCGAGUGCUGCGGAUCAUGAGCAAGAGCAAGUAAGACUCUGGGACGCAUUCAAGGAGAUGCUCAUAAAGAUCCGCGCGACGUCAGCCUACGUUUAUACCCUUGUCUACGCCAACCGAGGUUUCUGCGUGCCGGCCGCAGGACUAUACUUUGCCAUUGUGCUGAGGUACUCAGUACUCCCAUUUUUUUCAUGUUUUUAGGGCUUUUUUUAAGUUGUAGAUGGAGGUACUGGUGCUAGGGAUAGGUAGUUUUCAUUUUGCGGUCCAACAUCCAUUGAUGCGUUUCACCAAUACGACCAAAUCUAAAGGUGUGCUCUCUCAGUCGAACUGUUGGAUGACGGGUCCACGUGGAGAGAGCUUAACGCAACGUGUAACGAUUGGGGUGAGAAUGGUUCCGACUACGUACCAGAAAUGUUGGCUACUAUCUUGCCCAUUUUCUUCGUGGUCUUCUACGUAAAUGCGGCGAUUAAGAGGUAUUGACUCCUUUGUAGAUAUUGAGCAGAAGCCGCGAGGGAAAUCCACUCGGCAGAUUGCCGAGUGGAUUCGCAUCGUCACCGAAAAGGAUCCACAAAGUGACACGUCGCAUCUAUAAUUGUUCAUCUUCAAAGUAGUUGUGACCCGACAUCAGAUAAACAACUACCACCUCCGCUACGCACCACCUCAAAAGCCCAGUACAAUGCGCCCUCGUAGACAUCAACGACCAACCUUUAAAACUUCCAGGUAUUACGCAAUGUACGAUGCAUGUCGAAAUAUGAGCGACAUCACGGAUCAGGCCAUAGGAAUAGCGUUGGUGGACUUUCGGAAGCAUCCGGAGUGCCUAAAAGAGGAAGUUCGGUGUGUGCAUCUAGCAAGAAUCAUGGUUCUCCUCUGCACUGCGAAAGAAACCUACCCUGUUAACUUAUGAACAAGGGCACUAGUAAGUACCAAUAUAUAUUUAACAUGAAGGCCGGGAACGGGAUCAACGACGUUGUAGUUGUAGUGGAUCAACAACGUUGUAGUUGUAGUUCAACACUUUGUUCCACGUACAGUUCGCCCACCCGCCAGCCGAAACGCGUAGUCAAGAUGUCAGGCUCAAGGAUUCUCCUCGUUACAGUUUGGGUAGAAACACGUACAGCUAAAAAAGAUCCAAAAACGAGCUCUAAUUCGGAGUUUUUUCCUCCCGCUAGCAAGGUGUUUUGGCGACAAGUCUCACGGUUUGAUUACGGAAGCAGAGUGUCAAAAACUGAAAAAAGAAGGCUAUAGCGAACAUCUGAGCCAGUACUUCACGAUCAAGCUUUUGGGAGUGCUGCUAGCCGCCAACCACAAAGGCUUAAUAUCGGAUCCUGGCACCGGAAACCGAAUGACGCACAUUCUGCAAAUGCUAGACGCAAGUCAGCAGAUACGGUCAUUAGUAGCAAUGCAGUAUCCACCGACUUACACGUACUUGGUGAGCAGUACAGUGGGCAUUAGUUGUCUCCUGGAGAUCGCCUUCGCGUCGACGCGAGUGGGGCUGCAGUGGGGACAAAUGAUGUUCUGGGAGUCACUGUACUUUCUUGUUAUACAAGUAAAUAGAUUUAAGUGAUAUUAGGGAUUCAACAUCAUCCUGAAACACGAAUAUCGCUAUGAUGAUUCUUAUGACGGAAACGGUUUGGAAAUUUGAAUUUUGUGGUAAAGAAACGUCAACGGUUUUCAGUUAAUUUUUGUUCAGUCCUUCAUCGUCCAGCACGGUCAUCUUCCCGCUUACUUAUGCUUUCUCGACGCCAUGACUAAUUUCAACAUCAGGGUAACAACGUUCUUCCUGCUAGUGGCGCAGCAGGUGGUGUUGUUUGGCAUAUUGGGCGUAGCAGGGGAAAUGAUCGAUCCAUUUGGCGAAGACAUCAGGGAUUUUCCAAUCCUGGAAAUGUGCGUGGGACCACUGCAGCACAGCAUGGCGCUUGUAUCAAAAUACUUAUGGCAGAGAAUCCACUAUCGUCUACAUUUUUCCCAUUUGUCGUGCUAGAACUUCUAGAUCCAUGUAGCAGACUACUAUAUUAUAGCAGGUACUACUAGAUAGCAGGUACUACUAAAUAGCAGGUACUACUAAAUAGCAGGUACUACUAAAUAGCAGGUACUACUAAAAAAUAGCAGGUCCUUCUUUGCGGAAUUACGAACUACUAAGAAAAAAGAGUCUUCGCAUCCUUACACUCCCGCGGUUCUUCUAAUCGGAACUUGUUUCCGCGACGAUGACGAGAGCAAUUUGCUUUGGCAGCAGGAGCUAGGACCUCCCAAAGACGGGAAGCAUGGGUACAAGAUCGAAGGCCAGCAGGACGUGACGAAAAUACAUAGGUUUUCAGGGCAAAGAUAUCACGAGUCCACUAUGUUAUCACGCGAAGCCUUGUUGACAGUGAAGCCGAAAGAUUUAGGAGCGGCAAACAACCGGCAUUCCGCCACAACGUUACAGCAUCUGCAGAGGCAAAUCGCGCAUAACAAAUUGAUGGAGGAUAAGGAUACUGAAUUGUCAAGAAGGCCAAGUCUCUUGAAAUAGUGUAGUGACUUGAAAUUAUAGUGUUGACAGAGCUCCUUUGUUGCUAUUCUUUGCUCUGUAUAGUGUUGACAGAGCUCCUUUGUUGCUAUUCUUUGCUCUGUUGUUGAAAGCGAAAAUAGUGUAGUUGACAGAGCUCCUUUGUUGCUAUUCUUUGCUCUGUUGUUGAAAGCGAAGUUCGCUUUAGCAUCAAGAUGGCACCACGUCGGUCUCAUCACUUAGCGUCAACUUCCUCUCUCUCUUGCUAGAUUCAACAUGUUCUUGUAGACUCAGUUGUAGUUCUUGUACAAAUACUUUGGUCUAAUAGUUGUCCUAAACUAUGAAUGUAGCAGGAUGUAGUUGAAGUCUUACUACGCUGUUAUAACAAGGCGCACUCCCUGCUCUUCUUGGAGCAUUCGCACAGUAUGCUCCUUCGCUUUUUCUAGGAACUCUUAACGCACAGCGCAUCCUUCUUAACGCACAUUUCUCGCAAUAUUUCACUUAUCUUACGCAACCGCACAAGGAUUUUCUUACGCUUCUCACGAGAGCCGCAGAUUGAUGUCUGUCAUGGUCACAGAAAAACGCAAUCGCGAUUUAGGUCUUCCAAGAAACACAAUCAAGUUCUUUAGACGAAAAUCAAGCAAGCAC